UUCAUGCAAGAAAGUAUAAAGAAGUUAUACUAUUGUGAACCAGGUAAGCCCUUAAUAUUUGGGAUAACUGCUAUCGCUAAUGAUGAGGACUAUGGUGGUUUCAUUUUUCAUGCAUAUGGGACAGAUGGUAAAAUUUGUAUGUAUGUGGACCAUGAUGGUCAAGGAAUAGAAGAUUGGUUUGGUUCUGAAAUAGAAGAGGAGGAUGGAGAUGAUUCUUGCAUUGAUGGUGGUGAGAAUGAGGACUAAAUUGAUAGCCUAACAGAUGUGGAUGUGGACUUUAAUGAGGACAUAGUCACUAUGAAUAGGACAAAGGGUGAUGAAUUUCUAAAUAGAUCAUGUGGCGAAGAUGAAGAGGGAAAUGAUAACAACAUAAAUGAUCAUGAUGGGCAUGAAGAGGAUGCCAAUGUAACUAAACAACAUUCCAUUUUUAAUGAGUUAGUUCCAUGGAAAAAGCAGAUCCCAAUACUUGGUAUGAGGUUCAAAGAUCCAUCUCAAUUAAAAUCAAUGUUAUGCAACUAUGUUGUUGCGAAUGGGUACCAACUUUGCUUUGAGAAAAAUGAUAGGAAAAGAUUGUUGGUUAAGUGUUGCAAGGGUGAGUGCUCAUUUAGGUUGUGGGCAUCUUGGAUGAGUGAUGAAGCAAGCUUCCAAAUUAAGUCUUUAAAGCCAGUCCACAAAUGUGCAAGGAACUACAAGUUAGGGUCCAUGGUCACUUAUGCUUGGAUAGGGAGUCAUUAUACAAGAGAGUUCUUACUUAGACAAAAGAUGAGUGUUAGAAAGCUAAGAAUAGCUGUGUCACAGAAGUUUGGCAUUCAUGUUAGUGUUGGUCAAUGCAGGAGAGCUAAGAAAUAUGCACUCCAACUAAUAGAUGGCACCCUAGUUGAACAUUAUGCAAAGUUAUGGUCAUAUGCAGAAGAGAUUAGGAGAUCAAAUCCAGGUAGCACUGUGAAGCUUGAUGUAAAUCAUAUGCCAAAUGGGGAGAACUACUUUAGUAAGUUCUAUGUUUGCUUUGAUGCAUUGAAGAAGAGGUGGAAGGAGGGAUGCAGGAAGAUAAUAGGUUUAGAUGGUUGUUUCCUUAAAGGGAUCUGUAAAGGGGAGUUAUUAUGUGUUGUUAGAAGGGAUGCAAACAAUGGGAUUUAUCCUAUUUCAUGGGCAGUAGUAUGUGUGGAGAAUAAGGAAAAUUGGAGGUGGUUUUUGGAUUUACUCAUUGAUGACUUAGGACUUAAUUUGGGCUAUGGAUACAAUGUAAUAUCUGAUCAACACAAGGGUUUGAUUGAGGCUGUGAAAGAACUCCUUCCUUAUGUAGAGCAUAGGCAGUGUGCCAAGCAUAUUAGCCAAAACCUUAGGAAAAGGUAUAGUGGUGCUCAAUAUGAAAGCAUUUUCUGGAAGGCAUGUAAAGCAACAACAGAGGUAGAUUUUAAGGUUGCCAUGAAAGAGCUUGAAGUGCUAGACCCAAGUGCUCAUCACCAUGCUAGAGGAGUUGAGGAUGGUCUAAGACAUUACCAAGUCUUACCUAGUGGACUAAAUCAGUUUGAAGUAAGAGGAACUACAGAUGCUUAUGAAGUGGAUCUUGAAGAAAGAACUUGCUCAUGCAGGCUAUGGCAGCUUAAUGGAAUCGGUUGUGUCCAUUAUGUUGCAGCUAUUAGUGUUAUGAAUAGGGAUGUAGAGUCAUAUGUGGACAAAAUGUUUAGUAGCAUCACUUAUAUGAAGGCUUACAAGUUUAGGUUAGCACCUAUGAAUGGAAGUAAUUUGUGGCCUGCAACUGAUUACACCCCACCUUUACCUCAUGUUCGUAGAGCUAUGCCUGGGAGACCUGCAACUAAAAGGAAAAGGGAUGCAACAGAAACCCCAAACCAGUCAAGUAAAAAAUCAAAGACAACUACCCAAACACAAAACAAAGGUAAGGAGCAGGUGAAGGUAUCCAAGGCUGGUAAAAAACAAAAAUGUAGUCUUUGUAAGAUUGAAGGACACAACAAAAGAGCUUGUACUUUAACAAGGCCUCCUAAAACCAAAGCUAAAAGAAAAACAAAACAUGGUGUAGCUGAAGCUCUCAAUGAGGAUGAAAGUAAUCAAUCUAAUGCAGUCAAUGAUGGAGGAGCAGUAAAUGAUGGUGGAGAAGCAGUCAAUGAUGGAGGAGCAGUAAAUGAUGGUGCAGAAGCAGUCAAUGAGGUGCAUGUGCAACAAGACUAUGAUGAGGUGGAACUCACUCCUUUGGAGUUUGAUGCAUCAGCUAAUGGAGAACCUAGUCAGGUUCAUGUGCAAGAACAGGAGGCUAGAGAAACACCACUUGCAACCCUGUUGAAGAAAAUCAGGAGGAAGAAAUCUGAAAGGAUUAUCAAGUUGAAACUGGGCAAGAAAGUUGGUGGAAAUGAUGCACCUGGGAAUUCAGAAGCUAAACCUGUUACUCUAGAAUAA